UAAAAAUUUAACAAAUGCCACACUAUUUAUCAGUUUCAUGAUGGCAUCUAAUUCAUCGCACUGUGAGUCUUGUUCAGAGGAAGGAAAAUCAAUAGGGGCAUCACAAUUUUGUUCCGAUUGCGACGAACGUCUUUGUAAAGAGUGCGUAGAAUACCACAAGAAAUGUAAAGCAACCAAGUCGCACCAUUUGAUGGACUUGGCGUCAAUGUUGAGAUCAAAAAUACCGAAUGUAAAGAAAUUUUGCGAGGUUCACGAAGGUGUAUCUCUAGAUUUUUAUUGCAUGCAACAUGACACAGUAUGUUGUAGAAAAUGUAUCCCGUCUAAACAUCAGUCCUGCAAAGAUGUGCUACCACUUGAGGACGCUUCCCAACACAUAAAGAAAUCUUCGGUAUUUGAUGACACAUUUAGGGAAUGGCAAAACAUUGCUAAAACUUUAGAUCAUUUAAGAAAUGAUCGAAACGAUAAUAUCAAUGAAUUGGAAAAAUCAGAAUCGGCAAUAUGUGAAGAGGUCAACAAUUUGAAAAACCAUUUAAUUAAACAAAUCAAUAGUUUGGUCGAAAAACUAAAGAUAGAUCUCUCAAACUGCAAGAAGAAAAACCUUGAUCAAUUAAGAAAAGAAAGUUCUGAAAUUUCAGAAUUACACGAUAAUGUACAGGAGAUGGGACAGGAAUUAGAAUUUCUAAUGGAGCAUGGAUCAAAUAAUCAGUUGUACCUCAAGCUACGAGAACAAGGAAAAGGAGUCCAGGAUGUUGUCAAACGUGUACAGGAAAUGGCCAUGUCAUACAAAAGGGUAUAUUUGAAAUUUGAGAAAAGAGCCGAUAUUGACCUUAAGUCCAUGGGAUCGAUUUCAGAGUGUAAGGAAGCAUGUGACGUUCUGUAUAGUUCAGCCAAACUUCAACAAGCACAAGUUCAGCCAGAAAAAGUUGAACCUAUACUUACCUUGAAAAAGGAAUCAUCAACGAUGUUAAAUCUUCUUGAUAAACUGCGGAUAUCAGACCUGGCUGUAACUGCAGACAAGACAGUAUUCUUAUGUAAUAAUCAUCACGGUGUGCGUAAAGUAUAUGUUUAUAAAACUAAUGUAAAUGACUUAACAUUCAAUACUACAUUACGUUUCCCGAGUGAACCAUAUGGCAUUUCUAUACUUACUGGAACAGAAAAAGCGGUUGUUACAAUACCAUUGAUGUCUGUUGUACAAUUUAUUAACACAAAAAGAUUGUCACUUGAUGAAACCAUCCAAGUAGGAACAGGUUGUUUUGGAAUCGGCACAAGUGAAGGUUAUAUUGCAGUUGGUAGUUCAACAGAAAUCAGAAUAUUUAAACAAAAUGGGAUAAACAUAAAGACCAUUGCGCUAAAAGAUAUAUUUAAAUCUAUAUAUGUGAGGUCCAUAAACUACGAUCACAACGAUGGAAGUAUAAUAUAUAGAAAACCAGGACUGAUUAAUCGUAUUCAAUUUGAUGGUUCCGUUUUAUAUAGAUAUGAAGUGUUAGGGGCAGCAGGCCUAGCAGUUGAUACACAAGGGCAUGUAUACGUGAGUGAUCAAAAUAAAAGUGAGAUACAGCGUUUAUUACCAGAUGGGCGAUUUCGUGAUGUGGUGUUGACAACCAAUGUUAAAAAACCAUUCGCUAUAGCGUUCAAUGCUAGUUUUACAAACUUUUAUGUUACAAAUCUCGAAGGCUUGUUGCAGAUAUAUAAUUGUAACUAACUUAUUUAUUCUUUCAAAUUGUCAGUUAAGGCAUUUUCAGCUUUCAAGCUGUAAAAGUAUUGGUCUUAGCUUUCA